AUGGCAGAGUCCACAGGGCAAACGCCAUCUCGGGUAGACCUCGAGGCGUCUACCUUCCAGCGUCUCCACCCUCGAACAUAUUUCGAACGAUUUAUUGCGGAAGGAUUUAGGCCAGACGGAAGGAAGGUGGAUGCGUGGAGAGAUGUCCGAAUUAACGUCGGAGACUCGACGAUUGUAUGUGGGGUCAAAGCCGAGAUAGCAGAGCCAGAUCUUGAGCGUCCUAGCGAAGGGUUCAUUGUCCCGAAUCUUGAUCUUCCCGCCAUUUGUUCACCCAAGUUCAAACCCGGACCUCCAGCUGAAGAGGCCCAGAUGUUAUCAGAAAAAAUAAGUGACAUUUUGUCCUCUUCAAACGCAAUCGAUCCCAAAACGUUAUGCAUUCAUACCGGAAAAGCUGCGUGGGUGAUAUACGUCGAUGCGGUAUGCAUCAACUAUGACGGAAAUAUUCUGGAUGCAACCAUGCUCGCGGUUGUAGCUGCUUUACAAACGGUGCGCCUCAAUUUAAAAGGCAUCAAAUCAUUUACGAUUUCAUUUGGUAUUUUCGAUAGGGCGCAUCUGAUAUCCGACCCGUCGUCAUUCGAAGAACCAUUGCUUGAUGCAGCAAUCACAGUGACGAUAGACGUAUCCUCAGGUGCACUUGGUGGGAUAAAUCAAGUCGGGUUUUCGGCCCCCAGCGCUACGCUAGAGACUAUCACUCAACGCGCAAUAACUCACAGCAAAAUUAUCGCGGAGGCUCUAGUACAGGCGAAAAACACUGCAUAUUGA